AUGGCUUCCAAAAGGAUUCUGAAGGAGCUCAAUGAUCUUCAGAACGACCCUCCCACAUCAUCUAGUGCAGGUCCAUUGGCAGAGGAUAUUUUCCACUGGCAAGCUACAAUUAUGGGGCCUCCAGAUAGUCCAUAUUCAGGUGGUGUUUUUUUGGUCACUAUUCACUUCCCUCGAGAUUAUCCAUUCAAGCCCCCAAAGGUUGCAUUCCACACAAAAGUUUACCAUCCUAAUAUCAAUAGCAAUGGUAGUAUCUGCCUUGACAUUCUGAAGGAACAAUGGAGUCCUGCAUUGACAAUAUCCAAGGUUUUACUUUCAAUAUGUUCUUUAUUGACCGACCCAAACCCAGAUGAUCCUCUUGUACCUGAGAUUGCUCACAUGUAUAAGACUGAUAAGGCAAAGUAUGAAGCAACUGCAAGAAACUGGACUCAAAUGUAUGCAAUGGGUUAGUAAUGAUAGAAGGAACAUCCUAGCUAUGAAACCUAGCU